GCGCGUGAGCGUGACGCAGCUGGUUUGAGAGUACCAUAGAGACUCAGAACUUUUACGUAGAACCAGGAAGUGAGUUGCGGACAACGGUUAGGCACUAUCUGGUGCAGCAUCGAGCCGAGGUGGAAAGUAAGUAGUGGGGGGUGGGAACGAGAAGUGAACGAGAAAGGAACGAAGAAGAUGGCGUCGUUCAUCACAGUGCAACUAAAAAAAACCUCGGAGGUAGACUUGGCAAAGCCCCUCUGCAAGUUCAUCCAGCAGACCUACCCGGGCGGAGAGUCUCAGGCCGAACAUUGCCGAGCCGCCGAGGAGCUCAACAAGCUGCGCAAGAGCGCGCUCGGGCGCUCGCUCGACAAGCACGAGAGCUCGCUCGAGACCCUUCGGAGGUACUAUGAUCAACUGUGUUCCAUAGAGCCAAAAUUUCCAUUUUCUGAAAACCAGAUCUGUGUAACUUUUACCUGGAAAGAUGCCUUUGACAAGGGGUCACUCUUUGGGGGAUCUGUCAAACUUGCUCUGGCAAGUUUAGGCUAUGAGAAAAUAUGUGUGUUAUUUAAUUGUGGAGCAUUGGCCAGUCAAAUAGCAUCAGAACAGAAUCUUGACAGUGAUGAAGGAAUGAAAGCUGCUGCUAAAUAUUAUCAGUUUGCUAGUGGUGCCUUCCAGCACAUUAAAGAUACUGUCCUCUCCUCAUUAAAUCGAGAACCUACAGUUGACAUUUCCCCAGAUACAGUUGGCACACUAAGCCUUAUCAUGCUGGCUCAAGGUCAAGAAGUCUUUUUUCUGAAAGCUACCAGAGAUAAAAUGAAAGAUGCCAUCAUAGCUAAACUUGCAAAUCAAGCUGCUGAUUACUAUGGUGAUGCAUUCAAACAGUGCCAGUACAAGGAUACCUUACCCAAGUAUUUUUAUUUCCAGGAGGUGUUCCCUCUUCUGGCUGCAAAACACUGCAUAAUGCAAGCCCAUGCAGAGUACCAUCAAUCUGUACUGGCAAAGCAACAGAAGAAAUUUGGUGAAGAAAUUUCAAGAUUGCAACAUGCUGCUGAUCUUGUAAAAACAGUGACAUCUCGCUAUGAUGAAUAUAUAAGUGUAAAAGACUUGUCUGACAAAAUCAACCGCGCACUUACUGCUGCAAAGAAGGAUAAUGACUUCAUCUAUCAUGACAGAGUUCCCGAUCUUAAAGAUCUUGAGCCAAUAGGAAAAGUCAGUCUUGUGAAAGCAACUCCAGUUACUAUCCCUCUGAGUCAGAAAUUUACAGAUUUGUUUGAGAAGAUGGUUCCUAUGGCAGUACAGCAAGCUCUUACCGUCUACAACCAAAGAAAGGCAGAUUUGGUUAAUAGAUCAAUCGGCCAGAUGAGAGAGGCCACCAAUUUGGCAAAUGGAGUGCUGGCAUCCCUUAAUCUCCCUGCUGCUAUUGAAGAUGUUUCUGGGGAUAGUAUUCCUCAGUCUAUUCUACAGAAGUCUAAAUCUGUGAUUGAACAGGGAGGUGUUGAAGCAAUUGAUCAGUUGAUGAAAGAUCUUCCUGAAUUGUUGCAGAGAAAUAGAGAGAUUCUGGAUGAGGUAUGUUUGCAGUAAUAAUUGCAACAUUAAGAAAUCAUAUGCUUUUUUUUUUGUCUUGGUAGAAUGGGUAAAUUGUCACAUUUUAUUGGGUUAGGCCAGCCCUUCUGUUUCUUAGUAGGUGGUAAUACUAGGAAUUGCAAUGUUCACAUAUUAGGAGAGAAACCAAAUUAGGAAGUAAUUGAAGUGGUUGCUGAUACUUGAUUGGUUUAUAUGAUUUCUUUGUGUGUGUCAUUCUAUCUGUCUGUCCGUCUGUC